CAGUGUCGAUCGCACGCCGUCGUAAUCGCCGCACCGCCGUGCGUACCCGACUCAUUCGUUUUCAUCCGAUUCCGCGUUCGUUUUCCCGAUUUCGCAGUCGUAUUGUGGUUAUUUUUAUCAUCGAUAUUUUUGUUCCGCGUCGAAUGUUCACUCGCCGACCGUCGUAACAGUCCGUACGUACGGGACGCAGACACGAGGGUGAAGAACGUUUAAAUCACUGUGCCGAACCACCCCAACCCUAACCCCCCGCUGAAGGGUAUUACGACUCGUCGCGAGACACGGCAGCUGAUCGUGAAAAUCAAAGUCGUUCGCAUUUCAAUGUCGUCGCGGUCACGGUCGUCGCGGUGGUCGUCGCCGUUGGUGAUCGUCGCGACAACGGGCGCGGUGACGGCAGCAACGUAGGCGCGACGACGAUGGUCACGUGAGAGCAUGCCGCGGCCGUGCAGAGAGACGUACGGCGACCAAAAGCCGCCGUACAGUUACAUAUCGCUGACGGCCAUGGCCAUAUGGAGCGCGCCCGAGAAGAUGUUGCCGCUGUCCGACAUCUACAAGUUCAUCAGUGACCGAUUUCCGUAUUAUCGGAAGAACACCCAGAGGUGGCAAAACUCGUUGCGGCACAACUUGUCGUUCAACGACUGUUUCGUGAAAAUACCCCGGCGACCUGACCGACCGGGCAAAGGCGCGUACUGGGCCCUACACCCUGCCGCUCUGGACAUGUUCGAGAACGGUUCCUUCCUACGGCGCCGCAAACGGUUCAAACUGCCGGCCGCCGACCGGGCACUGUUGGAGGCCACGUUCGGCCGGUCCUCGUCGUCCGCCUCGGCCACCGACUCACCACCGUCGCCGCACGGCACGCUGGCCCACGUGCGGACGCCACCGCGCGACAUGACAAUGGUGACGUCACCAACCGUGGUCCGCGAACCCUCGUUGUCGCCGCCGCCACCGCCGCCACCGGCGCAGACGCUAUCGCUGUCGCUUAUGGCGCCGCAACCGCCAUCCGUCGUGGCCGCGGCGCCCGACCAUCACCGGCACAAGCCAAAACCGUUCACCAUCGAAAGCAUCAUCGCUCCUGGCGGCACACGUCACUCGGACGAUGUGCCGCCGCCGCCACCCGCCGAGCGACCGCAUCGCCGGUACCCGCCGCCCGUGUGUUUGUCGACCCAGUCGCACAAGCGCGCGGCCGAUCACGUCGGUGCCGGUGACGUGGACGGCGACGGGAACAACGGGUACGCCGCGUUGUACGCGGCUGCCCUGCAGAACCUGCUCCAACAUCAGUCGUUCGCCGCGGCCGCCAACAUGUUCCCCGGGCCGUCCGCUCCGCUGCCACCGUUCCUCUACGUGCCGCACCAUCACGCGCCGGCGCUGCCGCCGUUCCCGCAGCUGGUCAACUUCACGAACUUACACGACUGCGGUACGGUCUGGAAACAAUGGUUGGACCUUUAAACUUUGCCGGAAGAAGACGAGACGAGGCGUGAAAAAAAUUUCAUAAUGCGUGCACCUUCAAACCUAUUCGUGUGGACUUAUAAGUUAUAAACGUAUAAAUAUAUGUACAUAGCAUAUACUAUUAUAAUUUUAUUAAAUGUGUGUUAUAAAUUAUAUUAUAAUUAUGUAAAACAAAAACCGUUGAUAAAAUAACCUUUUAUCACAUAUGAUUACAUGCGCGUUUAGAAAAUAGUUGAUACUUAAUAUAAAGUUAAGUGGCUAAAUCAUGUACUCACACCCUAUUACUGUGUAUUAUAUAUAUGCAUUUUAUCAUUUUUAUUAGAAUAAACGUUGUCCGGAGUAUGAUA